AAAGGAUGUCUGGUGCAUAAAAUAAAGUCUUAGGUCAACAACAACAUGAAGAUGGUCAACAACAGUCUGCCGCGUAAUAUAGGUCUCAUUGUCCCGAUGAGCUCGACGAUCUCCUCGCAUGUGGACUACUAGAAAACCAUGGAGUGCCCCAAAUGCUACGAGCAAUUUGCCUGUAAAAUCUGCCGCCCCCACCUCAAGGAUUUCAAAACUCCUAGAUGCGAAAACUGCGAAAAACGCCACAAGAGAGAAGUCCUUGAGGUCUGGAACAGGGUUCGGCAGGAGGAGUCGGACUAUAAACUCGUGCAGAGCAGACUCAGCAAGAGGCUGGCGUUCCUCAAACUCCAAGACCCUGACUCUUCCAUGGAGAUCUUCAAAGGAGACGUGGCUUUUGUGGUUCAUGGAUGUGACAUGAUUCAUGCCCAUCGCUACAUUCUGGCUGGAAAGUCAGCUGUAUUUUGCAGAAUGUUUGACUGUGGGAUGCUGGAAAAAGAGACCGGGCUCAUUCCUAUAGACGAUGCCUCGUACCCGGUGAUGAGGGCAGUGAUCAAUUAUUGUUAUACAGCGGACAUCAAUUUCACAGAUGAAAUCCCUCCUGACGAGGUACUCAAAGUUGCCCAUAAGUACGAAAUCAGUCACCUGAGAGACGUGUGUGCUGAAGAGCUCUGUGGGAGAAUCAGCGCCAAAAAUAUUACAGAGAUGUUUAGAUUGUCCAAGAGAUAUGAUGCUAAAACUCUGCAAGAAGCAUGUGCCAAAUACUUCAAGGAUGACUUUGAUUAUGUGUUCUCGACCGUGAUGGAAAACUUAUGACCUCUUCUUUGAAUUGAUCAUCAGGUUCGGCAAAUCGCCUUCUGACUUUUCUUGGGUGUUGUAACAGAUACUACAUGUAGCAUUAGAACACAGCUAGGAAGUGGCAGACUGUGGAUAGUCAGUCUACAUGGUCAAGUCAUCCGAUAACUAGGCCACAGCAAGAUCAGUAUCUUACCAAAUUGUGCACAGAACUGAGGUAGAAAAAUGCGUAUGAAACGUCUAUUGUAUGAAGUCAAAAAGUUCCAAGCUCAGAGUGGGCUUCUUGUAUAUUUAAAACCCUGUCACAUUCUACGAA